AUGACAAGCCUUUCGAGGUUUAGUGGCUGCCCUCUCUCUUGCGUCAACCCCGGGGAGAGCAAUACUGAACCCAGCGUGGUGCUGCCACCUUUGGCAGGAGAGCACAUGGGACACCCCACUGGCAGUUCCUUAAAACUCUGCCCCUCGCACAAUUUGCGAGACUACCCUGAGACGAGGUCCAGUGCAUAUGUUGACCAUUCGGUUCCCAAUUUUUCAGACUCUGGAUACCCCAGUCACCGUUUAGAGCACAGCCCUAGGGGCAUUAUCAUUGGAGCCAAUCUUUCUGGAGCCGGCAUGCCACCCGUCACUGAUCAACUGGCAUCAAGAGCUAACCAACAUGGCGGGAUUGGAAGGUAUCGUGACUUUCCUGGCUGCAGAGACAACAGAAGCCAUACUUUUUUCUCAAGUUAUCAGGAGCAGGCCCACGCCUCCACCGACGCGUCCCGAGAUCUCGGCAGCCAGAUGAUGCUGGGUCUACCUGGCGACCUCCUCACCCGGACUCACCCUUAUGGCCAAGCCAUCAGCCCCAAGGGAAACAGCCAGCAGCUUGUCACACAGUUCCUGGGUCUGUACAAACCCCUGAACAUGGCAAUUCAGCGUGGAGGAGGCGACGCUUUCCUCAGGUGCUCUAAGCAAACAGUCAAGCAUGAGCUGGUGUGCAAGUGGAGUGACGGCCAAGAGGGGGCUGGGAAGCUGCUGCCUUGCUCCAGAGCCUUCGGGACCAUGUAUGAACUUGUCACCCAUGUGACAGUGGAGCACGUCGGAGGACCCGAGCACUCUGAAUAUGUGUGUCACUGGGAGAAUUGUGCGAGAGACAGGAAGCCUUUCAAAGCCAAAUACAAGCUGGUGAACCACGUCAGAGUCCACACAGGGGAAAAGCCCUUUCCCUGCCCAUUUCACGGCUGUGAGAAAGUUUUUGCAAGAUCAGAAAAUCUAAAGAUCCACAAGAGGACUCACACAGGUGAAAAACCUUUUAAAUGUGAGUUCGAGGGCUGCAACCGGAGGUUUGCGAACAGCAGCGACAGAAAGAAGCAUUCUCAUGUGCACUCCAGUGAUAAACCCUACAUGUGCAAGGUCAGGGGUUGCGACAAGUGCUACACCCACCCGAGCUCCCUGCGAAAGCAUAUGAAGCUCCACUGCAACAAGACCCACGUCGCCAAAGGCAGCGGCGGCGGCGGCGACGCGCGUCCCGGUGACGGGGGUCACAUUGCGGAGGGCAGGUCAACCCGAGUCUCGGAUGGAACCCAGAUCAGCCCCCCUCAUCCGCCCACCUCCGCUCAAGAUGUAACCCUGUCCCCAGAGAGUCGAGACGAGUCGACCCCGAGGUCACGUUUCCAUCACACGUUUGACAGCAGUUUGGACUACUCCUCACACAGGUCACAGCCCCUCUUGGACCCUUUGUUGCUGCAGAGAGGCAGCUACAGGUCCCAGUCCUCCCAGUACCCCUGCGGCCAGACGGGUCACACUUUUGCCCAGAGCUCAAGGACUUUCUCCUCCGCCUCUCCCUUUCAGAAAAGUAUUGUCAAUGGAUGGUACACAUGCCACAGCGGCGUGGACUCUUUCCCACCAAAGCAAUGCAAUAACAUCCCGUCUCUCUGA